CUCUAUCGACUCGUUCCGGCUUCGCUUGCCGUCCUGGGCCGCGGCGGAGCGCAGAGCCGCGUGUAAGAUGCUCUAAUCUUUGACUCCUGCCGGUCGGACCUCGGGCUCUGUGUAGGCCCGAGUCUUUCAAGCACCUACACCAUGAACACGUCUCCAGGCACGGUGGGCAGUGACCCGGUCAUCUUGGCCACUGCCGGCUAUGACCACACGGUGCGGUUCUGGCAGGCCCAUAGCGGGAUCUGUACCCGAACGGUGCAGCAUCAGGACUCUCAAGUGAAUGCUCUGGAAAUCACACCAGACCGCAGCAUGAUCGCUGCUGCAGGUUACCAGCACAUUCGUAUGUAUGAUCUCAACUCCAACAACCCCAACCCUAUCAUCAGCUACGACGGGGUCAACAAGAACAUCGCAUCUGUGGGCUUCCACGAGGAUGGCCGCUGGAUGUACACGGGUGGGGAGGACUGCACAGCCCGGAUCUGGGACCUCAGGUCCCGGAACCUGCAGUGUCAGCGGAUCUUCCAGGUGAACGCACCCAUUAACUGCGUAUGUCUGCACCCCAACCAGGCAGAACUCAUCGUGGGUGACCAGAGCGGUGCCAUCCACAUCUGGGACUUGAAAACUGACCACAACGAGCAGCUGAUCCCAGAGCCUGAGGUCUCUAUCACAUCUGCCCACAUCGACCCCGAUGCCAGCUACAUGGCAGCGGUCAAUAGCACAGGGAACUGCUAUGUCUGGAAUUUGACCGGGGGCAUUGGCGACGAGGUUACACAGCUCAUCCCCAAGACCAAGAUCCCAGCGCACACCCGCUAUGCCCUGCAGUGCCGCUUCAGCCCGGACUCCACGCUCCUUGCCACCUGCUCGGCUGACCAGACGUGCAAGAUUUGGAGGACGUCCAACUUCUCCCUGAUGACGGAACUGAGCAUCAAGAGCAGCAACCCUGGAGAGUCGUCCCGAGGCUGGAUGUGGGGCUGUGCCUUCUCAGGGGACUCCCAGUAUAUAGUCACCGCUUCCUCCGACAAUCUGGCCCGACUCUGGUGCGUGGAGACGGGAGAGAUCAAGAGAGAGUACGGAGGCCACCAGAAAGCUGUCGUCUGCUUGGCCUUCAACGACAGCGUGCUGGGCUAGCCUGUGUCACCUUGGGAUUGUAGGCAGCCGUCCAGGUGGCACCAGCUGGUUGUCUGUGUUCAGCUGCCCAGGUCAGAGUGAAACCCUAUGGGCUGGCCUCUACCAUCCCCAGCUGACUGACCUACCCUGGCUCCCUUGGCCAGACUAGACUGGCCAUGCCAGUCCACUAUGGGACUCUCUCAGCCCCAGUUGCUUAAUCUGGAUGUGACAGAGCUCAGGAUCCUACCCUACCCAGCCUGCAUUCCCUUUGGAAAUUCUGGACCCACAGAGCCUAGAGCCACUGAGAGGGGUCCGCCCACCCCCAGGCCAGCGCCUCCCCCUUUCCCUCCCUGUUCCUGUUCCGUGUCCUGAGGCCACAGAGUAUACCAUCAUGGCCAGGUGGAGUGGUUUAUUAGCUCCGCCAGCAGUCGCCCUCCACAAGACUGGUGACAGGGCCGGCCAGCUGGCUGGCCUGUGGGGCCGGUCCAGGCCGGGGCUUAGUCCGGGAGGUAAUAAAAGCAGACUGACACGCA